GAGCCUCCAGAGGGCUGUCGGCGCAGUAGCAGCGAGCAGCAGCGUCCGCGCGCUCCGGCGAGGGGCAGACGAGCUCAAGGGAGCGCGGGGCAGCUGGAGCCAGAGCCGAGCGCGGAGCGACCCGGGACCCACCGCCGUCCCCAGGCCCCCCAGUAGAGCCCCAGCCAUGGCACACCAACUCUUAUGCUGCGAGGUGGAGACCAUCCGCCGGGCGUACCCCGAUGCCAACCUCCUCAACGACCGGGUGCUGCGGGCCAUGCUCAAGGCGGAGGAGACCUGUGCACCCUCCGUAUCCUACUUCAAAUGUGUGCAGAAGGAGAUCCUGCCGUCCAUGCGGAAGAUCGUGGCCACCUGGAUGCUGGAGGUCUGCGAGGAGCAGAAGUGCGAGGAGGAGGUCUUCCCGCUGGCCAUGAACUACCUGGACCGCUUCCUGUCGCUGGAGCCCGUGAAAAAGAGCCGCCUGCAGCUGCUGGGGGCCACCUGCAUGUUCGUGGCCUCGAAGAUGAAGGAGACCAUCCCCCUGACGGCCGAGAAGCUGUGCAUCUACACUGACAACUCCAUCCGGCCUGACGAGCUGCUGCAAAUGGAGCUGCUCCUGGUGAACAAGCUCAAGUGGAACCUGGCCGCGGUGACCCCGCACGACUUCAUCGAACACUUCCUGUCCAAGAUGCCCGCGGCCGAGGAGAACAGACAGAUCAUUCGCAAGCACGCGCAGACUUUCGUCGCCCUCUGUGCCACAGACGUGAAGUUCAUUUCCAACCCACCAUCCAUGGUGGCAGCUGGGAGCGUGGUGGCCGCCGUGCAAGGCCUGCACCUGGGAGGUUCCAACAGCUUCCUGUCCUGCCAUCGCCUCACUCGGUUCCUCUCCAAAGUGAUCAAGUGUGACGCGGACUGUCUCCGCGCGUGCCAGGAGCAGAUCGAAGCUCUGUUGGAGUCCAGCCUGCGCCAGGCCCAGCAGCAGAGCCUGGACCCCAAGGCGGCAGAGGAAGAGGAGGAAGAGGAGGAGGCCGACCUGGCCUGCACGCCCACCGACGUGCGAGAUGUGAACAUUUGA